GCUGAACACACUGGAGCCGCCAACACAAUGCUAUCAGCAGCCGGAUAGUGAGGAUAUAUGUGGAUGUUUUGAUGCACGGCGACCGCAGCAACAAUUAUAUGGACAUAUUUUACUCUAUAACAUCACGAUACGGACUGCAAGUCACGGCCGACUUAUAUUUAUGGAUACGUCCGCAAUAAAACCACAAGAGCAAUCUCCGGUGGAUCCAAACCGAACAUAAAGCAGUCAUCACAGAGUGUCUAACGUUAGUAACGUACAGGGCUAGCUGUUGCAUUUCACUCCGACCAGCAUUAUUCCGUUACAUAAAGCUAAUGUGUCUGUUAGUGUCGCUGUUACAUUAGAGGGCACCUUUAUGUUUUUUUUCUGUUUUUUUUUUUAGUUUUGAGCUUACAAAGUAACGUUAGUCCGGAGCGUUAUCACGGAGCGGUGUAAUGGCAUGUUGAAACUGCAGUCAAGACACAACAGCAAGAAAAAAGGAUGAACAGGAAGAAGGAUAAAGGGUUUGAGAGCCCACGACCUUUUAAAUUGACCCACCAGGUGGUGUGCAUCAACAAUAUCAACUUCCAGAGGAAAUCUGUCAUUGGCUAUGUUGAGCUGACCAUUUUCCCCACAGUGGUCAACCUCAACAGGAUCAAGCUUAACAGUAAACAGUGCCGCAUCUACAGGGUCCGAGUCAAUGAACUCGAAGCUCCAUUCAUUUACAAUGACCCUACACUGGAAGUGUGCCACCAUGAGUCCAAGCAGAGGAACCUCAACUACUUCUCCAGUGCCUACACGGCAGCAGUGAGUGCUGUGGACCCUGAUGCAGGACAUGGGGAGCUGGUCAUCAAAGUUCCCUCUGAACUCUGGAAACAAGGAGAUGAUUUAAAAGUUUUAAAGGUGUACAUAGAGUUCUCCCUGGACCAACCUAAAGGAGGUCUCCACUUUGUUGUUCCUGAUGUGGAAGGCAGCAUGGCGGAGAGAGGAGCUCACGUGUUCUCCUUCGGAUACCAGAACUCCACCAGAUUCUGGUUCCCCUGUGUUGACUCCUACUCAGAACUGUGCACAUGGAAGCUGGAGUUCACCGUGGAUGCUUCCAUGGUGGCUGUGUCCUGUGGCGAUCUGGUGGAGACCAUCUACACCCACGACAUGAGGAAGAAGACUUUCCACUAUGUCCUCCCGAUCCCGACUGCAGCCCCCAACAUCUCCCUGGCUGUGGGGCCCUUUGAAAUCCUUGUAGAUCCCUACAUGCAUGAGGUGACCCAUUUCUGCCUGCCACAGCUGCUGCCGCUGCUCAAACACACCAUGUCUUACCUACAUGAGAUUUUUGAGUUCUAUGAGGAGAUUCUGACAUGCCGCUACCCUUACGCCUGCUUCAAGACUGUGUUUGUGGAUGAGGCCUAUGUACAAGUGUCCUCCUAUGCUUCCAUGAGUAUCUUCAGCACCAACCUGCUCCACAGUGCUUUGAUUAUAGACCAGACCCCGGUGACACGCCGCUGUCUGGCCCAGGCCUUGGCUCAGCAGUUCUUCGGCUGUUUCAUCUCCAGGAUGUCAUGGGGUGAUGAGUGGGUGCUGAAGGGAAUCUCAGGCUACAUCUACGGCCUUUACCUAAAGAAGACCUUUGGAGUCAACGAGUACCGCCACUGGAUCAAAGAGGAGUUGGACAAGAUUGUGGAAUAUGAGCUAAAGAUGGGAGGGGUUCUGUUACACCCAACCUUCAGUGGAGGCAAAGAGAAGGACAAUCCGACUCCCCACCUCCACUUCUCCAUCAAGCACCCCCACACUCUGUCCUGGGAGUACUUCAAGAUGUUCCAGUGUAAGGCCCACCUGGUGAUGCGGCUGAUAGAAAACAGGAUCAGUAUGGAGUUCAUGCUGCAGGUUUUCAACAAGCUUCUGAGCCUGGCCAGCACAGCCUCAUCCCAGAAGUACCAGAGUCACAUGUGGAGCCAGAUGCUUCUGUCUACUCACGCCUUCCUCAAAUCCAUCUCCAACGUCUCAGGCAAAGACAUAGGCCCCCUCAUCAAACAAUGGGUAGACCAAAGUGCUGUGGUGAAAUUCUUUGGCAGUUUUGCCUUCAACAGGAAGAGAAAUGUGCUCGAGCUGGAGAUCCGUCAGGACUACACAUCAUCUGGAACUCAGAAAUAUGUGGGUCCCAUCAAAGUAACAGUGCAGGAGCUGGAUGGAUCCUUCAACCACACGCUGCAGAUAGAGGAGAACAGCCUCAAACAUGACAUCCCCUGUCACUCCAAGAGCAGAAGAAACAAGAAAAAGAAGAUCCCUCUGAUGAAUGGAGAGGAAGUUGACAUGGAUUUAUCAGCCAUGGAUGCUGACUCUCCUCUCCUCUGGAUCCGGAUCGACCCAGACAUGUCCAUUCUGAGGAAGGUGGAGUUUGAGCAGGCCGACUUCAUGUGGCAGUAUCAGUUGCGCUAUGAGAGGGAUGUAGUUGCACAGGAGGAGGCCAUCUCAGCAUUGGAGAAGUUCCCGACUCCUGCCUCCAGACUGGCUCUGACAGACAUCCUAGAGCAAGAACAGUGUUUCUACAAAGUCCGUAUGCAAGCCUGCUUCUGUUUGGCCAAGAUAGCCAAUGCUAUGGUGAGCACAUGGCAGGGUCCGCCAGCUAUGAAGUCCUUGUUUACUCGGAUGUUCUGCUGUAAGAGCUGCCCCAACAUCGUCAAGACCAACAACUUCAUCAACUUCCAGAGUUACUUCCUGCAAAAGACAAUGCCUGUUGCCAUGGCGUUACUCAGAGAUGUCCAGAACCUCUGUCCCAAAGAUGUCCUCAACUUCAUCCUCGACCUCAUCAAGUACAACGACAACAGAAAAAACAAAUUUUCAGAUAAUUACUACCGUGCCGAUCUGAUCGAAGCACUGACCAACUCUCUGACCCCAGCCAUCAGCAUCAAUAACGAGGUGCGGACAGUGGACAAUUUGAAUGCUGACGUCCGUCUCAUCUUGGAGGAGAUCACACGAUUCCUCAACAUGGAGAAACUGCUGCCGAGCUUCAGAAACACCAUCACUGUCAGUUGUCUGAGUGCGAUCCGUCAGCUUCAGAAGAACGGUCACAUUCCCAGUGACGCGUCACUCUUCAAGUCCUACGCUGAGUACGGACACUUUGUUGAUGUUCGUGUCGCUGCACUGGAGGCUCUGGUGGACUAUACAAGAGUUGAGAGAAGCUCAGUGGAGCUGCAGUGGCUGCUCAACAUGGUCCAGAAUGACCCAGCUCAUUAUGUCAGACAUAAGAUCCUGGGUUUGCUCUGUAAGAAUCCACCUUUCACCAAGACAACAGACUCACCUCUGUGUAACGAAGCUCUGGUCGAUCAGCUCUGGAAACUUAUGAACUCAGGUACCUCUCAUGACUGGCGGCUGCGCUGUGAUGCUGUGAACCUCUACUACACGUUGUUUGGUUUGACUCGACCAUCCUGCCUACCCCUGCCAGAACUGGGCCUCGUGCUAAACCUGAAGGAGAAGAAAGCUGUCCUGAACCCCACCAUCAAGCCUGAGCUGGGCGUUGGUGCUGUUAUGGACACAGCUGCCAGUAUAGGCAUCCACGGUGUCGGCAUGAGCUACGCAGCUGUGGAUGAAGAGCCAGAUCCUAUUUCACUGGGGGUGUGUGGGGUGGGCCAGCCCCCCCAGGGCCUGAAGAGGAAGGCUGAGACCCCUCUGGGCUCUCCUCCAGAGCCAGGACAGGUACUGCAGCAGCAGGACGAUGAUGGAAGAGGAGGGCGCUUCAAGAUCAGGUUCAACACAAUGGAAGACGAAGAUAUUGAUAUGGAGACGGUUCAUGAUAGUCAGGCCUUCAUUCACCAUCAUCUCAACCUGUUAGAAAGACCCUCUACUCCAGGUAAAGAGCCACCGUCAGUCGAACAGUCCAUGCUCUCCAUGCCUGCCACACCCGUGCCGUCCUUCUCCAAAGAGACCACCUGCUCGUCCUCCAAACACAGCGGCGAACAUGGCCACCACCAUCACCACCACCACCAUGAGCACAAGAAAAAGAAGAAGAAGCACAAGCACAAACACAAGCAUAAGCACAAACAUGAAAGCAAGGACAAGGAGAAGGACAGAGAGAGGGACAACUCCCACGCCUACAGCAACAGCCCGGCCAGCGGCAGGUCCCUGCGCUCACCCUCUCUGUCUGACUGAACAUCUAGAGGAGAGUUUGCUUUUGGUUCAGUCAGGGUAACAUCCACCUAGCAGCAGGCUUGCAACCCUGUGAGCAUGGAGACACAAAGUGGCAAAACAUAUUUAGUUCCAAACAUUCAUUGCACAGUAGUAUUAUCAUACAGGGAGACUGUAAUUGUAAUCCUCAGAUAACGGCAGCAGUCGAUUCCUCGGCAGAAACAGCAGACCGUGUUGGCUUCUGAGAGGAAACAGAAUUUUGAACUGAGGCUGCAGUGUCAUUAAAGGAAACCCUCCUGAGGCGUCCUUGUAUCCUCACACACCACACACACAGCCUGCAGGAGUUUGUGGACUUUUGACACCGCUUCCAAUCUGUCUGAGGCAUGCAACCACAUACACCUCUCUCCACAAGCAGGCAAAUACAGUCCCAGCCAACCUCAGACAGCCCCCCCAUAGACACCACUCUGGUGCGCCUCAUCCCCACAGCUCAAUUCCAGCAUUCAAUGAGUGGCUUCUGAGGGGGUGUAUGAUUGAUUGUGGUGUGGAUCAAACCAUUCUCUGUGGACUGGGCCUCCGGUGUCUUUAACAUCCUGCAAAUGACAUUUCCCUGUUUGCUCACAGAUGGAAAUUAAACAGAGGAAUUUCCUGUAUAGUUUUCCUGCACAAUUGAAACUCAAGUAAUACUAGUGUUUUUAAAAAAAUAUGUAAUUUUUUGUUUCCCCUCUGUCAUCAUAGACAAUAAAAGAUACAUUUUGUGUUCAUGAAUGUUUUAACUAGAUUGAAUCCAGCUCCACAGAGGCAAUUAUGGCUGGGUUUUCUCUGGCACUGUAUCCCUUUGUUUGAUUAGGUGGUUUUAAACAAUGAAAAGAACAUGCAGAAUUCAACAUGCCCCAUUUAGAUAACCAGAGGGGUCAAGUGUUAAAAAACGGUUUUCCUAUUCAAUCCGCCUCCCAAGUCCAUCUUGCCUUUCCUAAGUAGAACAAUAAAAGACAGAAUCAGAACAUUCAUGUUAAGGCUCUUGACUGCUUAAAUAGUCCCUGUCAGCAUUUAUUCCCAUUAGUACUUGUUAUUAUCCUGUGAUCUCCAGUGUGAUAUGACAUUGUCCCUGAUGGUUGUGGAUUCCCUUCGUGGGAUUACAAACUGUUGAUCAGGUGUUUUAUAUACAAGGUUGAUUCUUUGUUAAACACAAUAAUGUGCUCAAAGCUGUAACACAAUAUUGAUUUCACAAAUGUACCGACCAACAUGUAGAGGAAAGAAAUAACAGUUUGAGUAGCUUUUACAAGAUCUAUGGAAAAUUAAAGAUGCUUCACUUAGGAACAUGAGCCUAAUGUUUUCUACAUUGUAAUUUUUGUUAACUGUUGAUGUAAUGCUUUUUUAAAUAAAUUGAAU